CGUAAAUGGAGCGCCUUGUGGACCGACCGUUCUUUUUCCCUCCUCAGCGGGCUUCAAUGCGUUGAUACUGCUGACACACGGUUCUGCACCAAGUUUCCUGGCGUUGAAGCGCCAGUCCAACUGACGCAAGCCCUUCACCAUGUUCGGGAACCAAAAAGGGUUUGGCACGGGUAGUGCCUUCGGCACAAGUGCCUUCGGGACAACACAGCCAGCGCCGUUUGGGCAAACGAGCAGCGUGUUUGGAGGGUCGGCAUUUGGGGCCACUGCUCCCAGCACCAGCGGGGGCCUGUUCGGAAACGCCGCCCAGAACACUAGCCUCUUUGGAACGACCACUUCGACAUUUGGGCAGCCUGCCACUUCGGCAACCCCCGGCUUCGGCUUUGGGGCGCCGCAGACGAGCACGUCCAUGUUUGGCGCCAGCACGCCGCAGCAGGCUCCCGGCACGGGCAUGUUCGGGGCCACGUCGACGGCCUUCGGCCAGCCGCGGCCGCAGUUCGGCUCGUUUGGCGCCACCGCGACGCCGACGGGGGGCGGACUCUUCGGACAGCCCCAGAGCACGGGGCUCUUUGGCCAGACGGCUACACCCACGGCCGGGAGCGGACUCUUCGGAACGUCCGCAUUCGGAGCGGGUCCUGCCACGUCGGGCACGACUAUCAAGUUCAAGGCACUCACGGGGACGGACACCAUGAUGAAGAACGGGGUGUCGAGCACCAUCAACACCUCUCACCAGUGUAUCACCUGCAUGAAGGAGUACGAAAACAAGAGCCUGGAGGAGCUUCGACUGGAGGACUACGCUGCCAACCGCAAGGGGGGUCAGGCAGGCAUGGUGGGCUUUGGCGCGACCACCCAGCAGAGCUCCAUCUUCAGCGCCCCAGUGUCCCAGCAGUCGGCGUUCAACUUCGGCGCCAACCAGAACAAGUCGCUCUUUGGCACCUCAAACACGGGCACGUUUACGUCGACGGGUGGCUCCAUCUUUGGCCAGAACACGCAGACGCAGAAUGUGUUUGGCAAAACGACGGGCUUCGGACUGCCCGCACAGCCGACCAGCACUGCCUUUGGCACGGGCACGGCCUUUGGCACCGGCACUUCGGUGUUUGGGCAGCCCCAGCAGAAGUCUCUGUUCGGACAGCCUGCAGCUACAGGACUGUUUGGCCAGACUGCCGCCACCACCCAAGCCUCCACCGGAUUUGGAACCGGCUUUGGAUCCACCUUUGGAGCGACGACGCAGGCUAACGCGUUUGGGGUCAAGCAGCCAUUUGGUGUAGCCACCACUUCGGCUCCGAGUGCGUUUUCCUUCGGCUCUACGGCCAACACGGGGACGUCGCUGUUCGGCGCCAAACAGCCGGCGUUCAGCUUCCAGUCCACUGCUCCGACGCCCUUCGGCACAGGCACCACCGGCUUCGGCGGCUUUUCGACCACGCCGGCCACCGGGACGGGUUUGUUUGGCGCCCCCAAGACGACCCUUUCGUUUGGCACCGGGACGACGCCAGCCUUCGGGACGACUGGCUUCGGAACGACCGGCUUCGGAGCUACGCCCCUGGGAACUGCGUCCACCGGCACCGGGCUUUUUGGAGCGAACACGGCUGCCAAGACGACGGGAUUUGGGUUCGGUACCGGCACGACUGGCACAUCGUUCGGGUUUGGGCCCACCACCACCACAGGGACACCAUUCAACUUCAGCAACACCAUGCCCACGCUGGGAGGGUUGGACCAGAAUGCGGCUAACCAGCUGCAACUUCAGCAACAGCAGGUUCAGCAGUUGUUACUCCUCACCAGCAAUCCCUAUGGUGACAAUCCGCUCUUCAGGAAUGUGAUCAAGGACACCAACAAGCGGGAGGAGCUUCUGAAGCCGACCAAUCCGGCGGCCCAGCAGGCCCUACUUUCGUCCCAGUACAAGGUGUCCCCGCUCCCGUCCACCAAAGUCCGUCCCAAGGCCAUUGUCGGACCCCGCACAGAGACUUCCUUCCUGUUUCACGGUCUGGACGACGAGGCGGAGGAUUCGGCGGCGGACGCCAUGUUUGUGCCGCGGCAGAGCAUCAAGAAGCUGGUGAUCAAGCCCAAGGACACUCCCGAUCGGCUGCUGGGAUUGGUCGGGUCGCCGCCCCCCACUUCCUCGGUCGUUUCAUCGACUCCGGCCUCGAAAGUCGGCAGUGCGACGGCACGGGCCCCCCUCACCGUUCCCGUGGCAGAGAGGGUGACGGACGUGUCUUCGGAGAGAGUGAGCAGUCCGCCGACCUUGUCCCAGAAGCUCAACUUCGACGAAGUUGCGAGCUCCAAGGGAGUCUCUGUCGUGAGCCCCAUGUCCGACCUGCCCAAGAGCAACCUCCAGAGCCUGGACGACACGGUCUCCUCCCUGGGCAGCUCCUCUCCACGGCGCGUCCUCUCCUUCUCCCCGAACCCGUCCGACGACUCGACGGCCAGCCACUUGGAUGCGGCCGCCCCACCGGACCCGUCCCGCCCGCCCCACCCCGCAGGCAUUGUGCUCACUCGGCCCGGCUACUUUACCGUCCCAUCCCUCGAGGAGCUGGCGAAACUGACAGGAGCCGACGGCCGUUGCGUCGUGGACGGGUUCACGGUGGCCCGAGAGGGCUACGGCAACGCCUUCUUUCCGGGAAGGACGGACGUGACCGGGCUGAACCUCGACGAGAUCGUUCAUUUCCGCCGGCGGGAGAUCAUCAUCUACCCAGAAGACGACGACAAGCCGCCGGUUGGAGAAGGGCUCAACAGGAAGGCUCAGGUCACCCUGGACUGUGUCUGGCCCAACAGCAAGACCACUCACGAACCCAUCACAGAUCCUGAAAAGCUGAAGCUGCUUGGCUACCAAGAGAAGCUGGAAAGGGCGACGGCGAAGAUUGGCGGCCGGUUUCUCGAGUACCGUCCCGAAACCGGUUCUUGGGUGUUUGAGGUGAAGCACUUCUCGAAGUACGGUCUCGAGGACUCCGACAACGAGGUGGAUGAAGCGGCCCUCGCCGAGAGGCCGCAACAGGCUCUGCCUCCUCCCGACAGAGUUGUCAAGCCCGUCGAAAUGCCCGGUGAAAAACAUCAGCAGCAGAUGGGUACCGUGGCACCCGCUGCCACCGCCGCCGGCACGGUGACCUUUCUGAGCCGCUUCGAGCCUGGAGCGGGCUACGUUCCCGAGGACGACGAGAUGGAAGACCUGGAGAGAUCGUUCCCCGGGCGCUCCGACAAAUACGACGACGGCUCCGGGCUGUCCUUCGAGCCCACGCCCCCAGCUACCCAACGGCUUGCCGAAGUUCUCGGCGUAAGCACGGAGAGCGUGCAAGGAAUGAAGGCCUCCUUCUUCCACGCGGAUAUGGGUGACAUGGACGACGAAGACAUUGAACUGUCCUUCUCGCACCCGAGACUGAAGCGGGCCCUGGUCAGCAACAGGGAGGUCAGGUCUCCCAUUCCCAAGCACCCCGAGGGUCCCCGUCCGGAGCCUGCGGCAGCCCCGAGGUUGAGGCGCUUCUCCGGGCAGCGCCCAAGGCCCCCUUCUCCGGACCCCUUGGCUUCACGGGUCCUUCUGCCGUCGUCGUCUGCCACGUCGGCGUCCCGGGAGGCGACGGCCAUGCUGGACGUGCCGCCGAUGCCGCUGGUGCUGGUGGAGCCGGUGCCACUGGUCCAGUCCUUCAUGUACGAGUCCCAGCACCUGCUGGGGGACAUUGCCUGCACCAUGGGCUACCGUUUCCGGUGCGGCUGGGGGCCGCGGUGGUCCCUCCUGCACCUGGGGUCCCCUCUGAACGGGACGUCAGACAACGAUACUUCCCAGAGACCAGCGCUCGGUUUUUUGUCGGGCACGCAAUUCUCGGCGGGCUCUACGGCUUACGUCGUUUCCCUAGAGCGAGUCGCCGUCAGCCACGAGGUCCCAGCUUCCGACGACGUCCAGAAGAGAAACCUGACUGCAAUGUUGGAGGUGCAGUUGGCCCACUCCCUGUCCUCAGUGGAAGUGGGCAGCCCCGUCUUUGUGCCCAAGCCGGGGGUCAAAGCUCUGCACGCCCUGAACGAUCUGGUGUCGCGGCUUUUUGCGGAAAUGGAACCCAGUCACACCGACCGGCCGAUGAUGCAGCAACUUCAUCGCAUCCUGGGCCUUUGUGUGGCUCUUUGGGGGAAGACGCCUGGCUGCAAUCCCGAUGAAGACGACACCCGUACCUACGCCUACAUGAAGGCGAGGAAGGAGGCCUUUUCCGACUGGCUCGUCCAGACGACCAAGCAGACCGUCGACAGCGAGGUGACAGACGCCCAGCAGCGGGAAGGGGGCUACCUGAAGGCGUUGAUGAGCCACCUGAGCGGGCACGACGUGAGCAAGGCGUGCAGCAUGGCCUGGAGGAUGCGGGACUACCGCCUGGGCAUGUUAGUGGCGCAGGGCGGCUACAGCCUGCUCACCCGGGGAAUGCUGCAGAAGCAGCUCGACCACUGGCGCAAGUUCAAGCAUGACCGGCACAUCGAGGACGAGCGUCUCCGAGUCUACGCAUUGUUGGCCGGCCUGAUGAUCUGGCCGUCUUCGGAGAAGACCAUCAACUGCUGCGCCGACCUCGACUGGAAGCGGGCUCUCGCUCUGCACUUGUGGUACCACUGCUCUCCCACGGGUAGCAUUCACGAUGCAGUUGCCGCGUACGAGGCUGCCUUUCAGGACAACGGGGCGCAGCAUCCGUACGCGGUACCCCCGUACCCUCCCUACUACGACGUGUUCGAGGAGCCGUUCUCCCUGGACGGGGAGCGGUCGGACGCGCCCCACGACACCUGCUUCCACCUGCUGAAGCUGUACUGCGACCGGUCGCAGCGCCUGGACCGGCUCCUGGAUCCGGUCACUUCCGUGCCCUCGCACCUCGACUACAGGAUCAGUUGGCUUCUACACAAGCAGCUCCUGUCGUUCGGCUACCCGGACCUCCCGCGUCCGGCCACGAUCCACACGUCGUUUGCGUCUCAGCUCGAGGCCGUGGGAAUGUGGCCCUGGGCCGCCUUUGCCCUGCUCCACCUCGAAGACCCCGCGAGCCGCCACAGCGCCGUGUCGGAGCUGCUGAUGCGUCAUGUGACGGGCACGCGCGACGGUUGCGACCCGACCACGGCGCUCUCGGAAGACGAGAGCUUCCUGCACGAGCGUCUGCAUGUGCCCCUCCCUUGGAUCUACAGAGCAAAGGCCAUUCGCGCAGGUGCAGAGGACAACUUCCACGACCAGGCGGUCUUCCAGAUCAAGGGAGGGAUGUGGAGCGAUGCCCACCAGACGGUUAUGCAGCAUCUCGCCACGGACGCCGUCAUCGACGAGGACCUGGCGGAGCUGAGGAGCCUGCUUGAGCCCUUGUCCGAGCACAGCACGGACAUCCACAACUGGUACAAGGGAGGUCAGGUGCUGCUCAACUAUCUGUACAUCCUCGACUUCAUGGAGAAGGUCCGCAAGCACGAAAUGUCUCCAUACGAUCUGGAAAGGAUCCGACCCACCAUCUUGUCUGUUUGUGACUGCAUCGGCUGUCUCAGCUGCAAAACGCCCAGAGACAUGCUCUGCCAGGCGGAGAUAGCCAGAAAGACGUCCACUCUGAUCCGCUCGCUGACUGGGCUAGGCCGCGGGCCGCUUUACGGUGCCAAGACGGCGGCGCUGCACAGCAUCGAGCGACUGUCGAUGUCCGACGACGACUGCAUCGAGGAGCUCGAGUCCUUGGCGAGGACCUACUCGUGCUCCAGUGUUGCCGGGGUCCGUCACUGAUCCCCGAGGCAGUCGAGUUUGGAACCUGGUGUCGCGAACCAAGUCGGACUAGGCUCGUGCGGUCGCGAUUGUAUGGACUCCGCAUGCGAAUCGUGGUCGGGAAUUGUGGCGAUGCUUCCACAUGGUGUGUGCCUGUAAAAUGGCUUCUUUUCUGUUUAUAUCUUGAGUUUGAGUGCGUGAAUGUGCGUCUCGUUUUUGUUUGCUUUUUUAAUUUCCUUUUCUUGCGUGUGAACGAUGGUUUAGUUGAAAAGAAGGUUAUGGCAGAGUGUGAAUGCGUGGGCGAUUGGGGUGAGGGUGACGGGUGCAGGUGUGACGGGGGAGUUGGAUAUCUUCGGCGGCGAUGUUUCGAGCUUUGAGGCUCUUAACCAUUCUCGGUGGCGACUCGGGGGAAAAAGCCGCACAUAUUCUGUUGUUCUAUUCAGUGAGCUGAACCGACUCAAUUGUCGUAAUUUACGUCGGGAAUUUGUAAGGAAUUAUUGCCUAGAUUUUGUAUGCCUGUUAGUUUUCGUUGCUGUAGGGUGAUGUUGAGAUUUGUAUGUUUUAAUCAAUCAUAAUGCAACACAUGACUCUGCUGCAAAAUGUUUUUAGGAUAAAAAAAAGAAAAGAAAACAGUAGGAGUAUGUCGCAAGCUUGGCUAAUUUUAUUUAUUUUUCUCGCUGCUUAUAUACACCUGAUGCUGGUGUCACCGACCUCUUCGCAAAUACUCUUUGUGAACUGAACCGAGUGACCUCUUAACAGUAAGACCUUGAUCUUGAGGCAAUUUUUUUGACCAUGAAUAACAAGACCUCUAAAAACCCUUAUUCUUUUUCAGAGGGUUUUGUUAAUAAUUGGGACAGAAAGUUGUACAGUUUAAUGUUUUUAUUGACCGGUAUCGAGGUACUGCUGUUAAGUGUCCAUGAAAAGGUAGUGACGUGAGCAUCAGGUGUAUAUAAGAAGUGAGAAACAUAAAUGAAAAUGGCUACGUUUGAGAGCUUGCCUACGCGCAAACAAUUUUUUUAACGUUACGAUCGCUGCUGAAAUAGAGGAAGGGUGUGGUGGGGAGUCUUGCUUUCGCAAUUCCUAGGCAGUUUGCUGCCUACUGUACAAAAUUUCAGUGUAGCAUUAUCAUGUGUGAGGCUUUACAUGCACGAAGCUAAAAUAAAGGAACUCGUGUGAGGAUUGUACAUUUUAAUAAAUAAAAACACUAUCCUGCCUAACAUUUUUGUUCAUAGUUCCUCCAUGACAGGGGCUAAAAUUUUUUUUCUCUCGAGGUAGGUGUCAUCUGCUAAUGGGACAUGUUGGCGACAUAGUGGGAGAUAACUAGCGGAGUGCCAUUUGCUUUUGCAUUUUACUAUUCAUGAUUUUGCCGGAUGACGUUGCUUAGAACAUGGUCGGGUCGUACGAUUUUCGUGCAUGGUUGACUUGCUGUCGAACACUAGGGAAUGUGUGGAGUUUCUUGUCCUCUGAUAAUGCCUUGUGUAUGAGUUCUCCAUUUCCAUUUGUAUUUCUUUUAUGUUGCUUUACAUCAGUUUUAUCUGUUUUAUGAUUCGCCUGAAUAAAGAUCAUUCGUAUUUUAA